AUGACAUGGUUCAAAAAUGCGUUUAGGAAAUGCCCAAAUCUUGAUGUUCCUAAACUAGCACAAAUAUAUCUAUUCUAUAAUGGACCGCGCGUUGAAUUUCGCAAUAUAGUUGAUGCUUUUGCGGGUGGAUCAAUUUUGACUAUCGAGGUGGAUGAUGCACAUAAUUUAUUUGAGAGGAUUGCUGAGAAUCAGGCCAACUGGCUAACAGAUAGGAAAGCUCCGAGAAAAAUAUCUGGAUUGCAUAAUGUGGACGCAGUGACAGCAUUGGCAGCGCAGAUGGAAGCAAUAACAAAGAAGCUUGAUACUUUAAAUCAAUUUGUGCACAUGGUACAACAUCCAGCUCCGGUAUGCGCAGGUUGUGGGGACAGAUCACAUCACUUCAAGUUGUCCUUUGGCUUCUACUCACAUAGGUCAGUCAGCAGAGGUCAAUUAUGCGCAGAACUAUUAGAGAUGAAGGGCAAUCCACCAGUAAUUCAGCAACAGCAAGGUAAGAGGCAAUCCUUGGAAGAUCUACUGGUCACGUACAUCACCAAGAUUGAAACACCAACAGCAAAGCAGGUUCAAGCCAUCACUACUAGGAGUGGUGUUCAAUUGCCAGAAAUCACUGUAAAGAGGAAGCAGACAAAGAGAACUCAAAUGCCUACUAAGGAUAAGGAACCAAUGAAGCAAUCUGGAGAAGCAAUAGAAAAGGACCAACAAACAGUUUCAGACAAUCCACAGCUUAAGGCAAAUGUUCCUGGCACUUCACUGAAACCUCUGGUCCCUUUUCCUCAAACGUUACAGAAGACCAAAUUGGAGAAGCAAGCUAUGAAAUUCCUGAAAAUCCUCAAAAAGUUGCAUGUCAACAUCACAUUCAUUGACGUUAUCCUUCAAAUCUUAAGCUAUUCUAAGUUUUUGAAGGAGAUGCUGACUAAAAAGAGGAAGAUGCCCGAGCAUGAAACAAUAAUACUACCUGAAGGGUACAGCGUGAUCAUCCAGCACAGGAUCCCUCCCAAACAUAAAGAUCCAGGGGGUUUCACUCUACCUUUCUCCAUAGGAAACUUACAAGGUAUUAAUUGUUUAAUUGAUUCAGGAGCAAGUAUUAACUUAAUUCCUUUGCCUCUUUACAGGAAAUUGGGAUUGGGAGAUCCCAAGGCAGCUUCUAUCAUCCUUCAGCUGGCGGACCGAACAUUGAAACAUCCCUAUGGAAUAGUCGAGGACAUUCUCAUCAAGAUGGGAGGAUUUAUUUUUCCAGCUAACUUCACAUUCUAG